AUGGCCGCACCCAACCUGGCUGUCCACGCUACCCCAUCGAAGUUGACAUGCUAUAAUUGCGGGGAGCCGGGGCAUUUUGUGGUUAAUUGUUCCAAGCCAAAAAUCUGUUUCAUAUGUGGGAUUGCUGGUCAUCAUAUGAGUGCUUGCCCCGCUUGGAAGAGGGAUCACCCUAUUGCUGCAUAUGUGGGUAGUGCUAGCCUUGGAUUAGGUUUUUAUCACCUAGAAAUACCGGAUAUUGAAUCAACUCAGUGGCUUAAUCUCACAAAUUGUGGAGUUGUCCGAAUCAAGUCUGGUUCUAUUACUUUGGCUGAAUUGGAGGGUGAGUUGUUUGAGAUUUUCUCUAAGGACUGGCCAUGGCAGAUUAGAGAGUUGGAGGCUGGCAAUUUUUUAGUUCGUUUCCCACCCAACAAGAAAGUGUCUGACAUCAAGAAUUAUCCAUCAUUCAGCUUAAGGAAGGAAGGGGUACAAGUGGAGGUUCUAGAGUGGCUUGGUGAUCUCAAACCCUAUGGUGAACUACAAGAGUCUUUCUAUGAAACAGUAAGAGUUAAGGUGGCUUGCAAGGAUUUCUCCAAAAUUCCACAUCAAAGGCUAUAUGAGAUGAACAAGAAACUCCAUGUAAUUGUUUUUACUGUGGAAGCAGAACAGGAGAAGACAAAGACUAAUCCGAGAAACGAUGGAGGGGAUGGAGGUGAUGAUGAUCUAGGUGAUGAUGGGGAGGAAGAUGACUUACUGGAUGAUGAUCCACCGUCUAAAGAGCAGCCCCCUCACACCCAGGGUCCUUCUGCAGAUACCCAAAAAACCCCGGUCAGCAAACCCAAUAGCAGCUCGGGGUGUAAGACAGUUAGUAUGGAGGAGAUGAAUAUAGAACUCGUUGAUCAAGAUAGAUAUCUGAAGGAAUGUAUGGAAGGAAGACCUCUGCUGUCAGAGUUAGUAAGUAACAAAUUAAUGGGGGAUGUGGCAGUUAGUAAUUUAUGUAUUUCUGAAUUGGCUCUUAAUAGUCAAGUGAACAAGGGGGUUUCACCACACAGGAAGUUGCCUUCUGAUGUGGGGGUCUCGGUAGAAGAAGCAGAUAAGACAAUGGUGGCUGGGAGCAGCCUUGAGGCUUCUUCUAUGGAUGGUGUGUAUUCACUGGGGGCCAAGAUUUAUCUGUCUUCAUCAACCUGUCACUUGAGUGGCUUUCAGAAAGGUGCUUUUACUGAGAAUUAUAACAUCAGCUAUCAUGGGAUUCUUUUGCUGAGAAAGAGCAGUAGCGCACAUCAUUUGCAUAGUAUGGGGGAGAUGACUGAGCAACUUCCAAUUGGGGAGAACACAUAUCCAGUGGAGGUCACACCAGAAUGUGCUCAGAUACGGGGAUCUGAUUGCCAGAUAGUUGGAAAGAAGCUUUAUGGUGCUUGUGAGGAAGAGUCUAGGCAUUCAAGAUGGGAGGAGUUUAGAAGGUUCGCUAGCAGGGAUACAGCUACUGAGGAGUGUUCUACACUGCAGAAAAGGAUGGAAUUAGAGGCUUUGGAUGAUGAGGAGGAAAUGACCAAUGAAGAUGAUAUCAUUACUCUAGAGGAAUCUGGGCUCCUACCUAAUAUUGAAGCUGAGGUCAAUGGAAUUCAGGAUGAGGCAGGAAAGAAAGCUCAAAAGAGGAAGACUGGUUGGGGUCCUAUCUUGAGAAUUCCAAGACCAAGAAGGGUUCCUGAGGAUGGUAAAACUAUCAUGCAAAGGGCCCAAGAGCUGAAAGAAGUGAAAACUCUGGAGAAAGGUAAAAAUUAUUCAUCCUCUUUUGCUUUUGAAAGCAAUAGUUCUUUGAAUGAUAAAGCUCUUAAUGUUGGUAUUGAGUUGGGUUCUGAUAGUCAGAGUAUUAAUGAAACCAUUGAUGGUUUAAAACAGAAUGAAUUAGAUAAUUUGAGAAAUUUCAAAGAAAAUAAUCCUGAGGUUAACCUCCCUGCAAAUUUCACUAUUGAGGUAGAGUCGGUGGAGUUUCCUCCUUUGGUGAAUUCUGCCCCGUUGUGGUUCUUCAUGGUGAGGUUCUUGUCCAGACAUGCAGAUCCAAGUUACGAAGUCUAUUAUAUACUCCUAUAUACAAGGAAAUCCAUGUUGAUCUUGCCAUCCGAGAACCUGCCGGUGGGCUUAUGGCCUGGGAAGUCCCUGCCGUACUGUGAAAAAUUUGACCGGAUGAGGGUGCGGAUGUAG